AUGGAGUGCGGUCCAAAGAUGGUUCAAUUCGUGUCGAUGGCACCGAAUUUAACAAGUUGGACUGGAGCAAGCAGGCCAUUCCCUGUACAAGAAGAGGUUCACUGUCUCAAGUACCUUGGAUCCAGAGUGACUUCCGUAGGCGACAUUGAUCAAGAAUGUCGAGCACGUGUUAAUGCGGCAUGGAUGAAACGGAAAAUGGCAAUAUGCAUAAUGUGCGACAAGAAAGUCCCUGUUCGAAUGAAGUCGAAGGUCUACAGGACGGUUGUGGACCCUGUUGCCCUUUACGGAUGCGAGUGA